AUGACGGGCUCAGACUUUGUCUCACCCGACGAACUCCGGGCGCGCUUCUGCGCUGCCCUCUCGGCCAUGUACCGCUCCGAGGUGCCGCUGUACGGCGACCUAGUGGAACUGGUUGACGAUCUAAUCCCUGACCGCCUCAAGGUCGAACGUCACGGCGCCAUCCGCCUCGGCAAGCCAGACGAGCUGGCGAUGAUUGCCCGCCUUUUCGGUCUGUUCGGCAUGCAGCCCGUGGGUUACUACGACCUCUCACCCUCAGGUGUGCCGGUUCACUCGACGGCGUUCCGGCCAGUCGACGCCGAGGCGCUCACCAUCAACCCCUUCCGCGUCUUCACCUCUCUCCUCCUUCCCGAGCUCCUCGAGCCCGAGCUCCGCGCCGAGGUCGAGUCCGUCCUGGCCGAGAGGGAUAUUUUCCACCCUCGUGUUCGGGAAAUCGUUGCCAAGGCCGAGGCCGAGGGUGGUGUCCGCCCUCAGGAUGCGGAGGAGCUAGUCCAGAAGGCUCUGGAGACGUUCAAGUGGCACGACACUGCGCUCGUCACCCGCGAGACGUACGACAAGAUGCACGCUGCGCACCCCCUCGUGGCCGACAUUGCAGCCUUCCGUGGCCCGCACAUCAACCACCUCACUCCGCGCGUACUCGACAUCGACGCCGCCCAAACUGGCAUGUCGGCGCGGGGCAUCACGCCGAAGACCAUCAUCGAGGGACCGCCGAAGCGGGAGUGCGAGAUCCUCCUCCGCCAAACCUCCUUCCAGGCCCUCACGGAGCCGAUCACCUUCCCGCCUUCCAGUGGCGCGGGCACGCCUGCCUCUGCCGAGAUGCGGAGGUCGAUCAGUGGCAGCCACCGCGCCCGAUUCGGCGAGAUCGAGCAGCGCGGCUGCGCUCUGACCCGCAAAGGGCACGCCAUGUACGUCAAGCUCAUGUCGACCGUGCCUGCCGCCAUGGACAAUGAGGCGCACCAGCAGAACUUGGCCAAGGCCUUCGCCUCCUUCCCGGACACAUACCGGGGAAUGUUUGACGACGGGCUCGCAUACUUCGAGUAUGACCUUGUCUCCGCCCCGCCCAAGCCUUUGCCACUGCCUGAGCUCGUCGCCCGUGGACACGUCGCACUCAAGCCCGUCACGUACGAAGACUUCCUGCCCGCCAGUGCGGCGGGGAUCUUCCAGUCCAACCUCGACGAGAGGGACCGGUCACGAUCGCCCAGUCCCAACAGGGGAAGUGCAUCCAAGACUGCGUUCCAGAAGAUCCUCCCCGUCAAACUGCACGACAGCUUUGAGCUGUACGAGCGUAUCCAGGAGAAGAGCUUGCGGGAACUUGAGAACGCUCUGGGUUUCGCGGUGUAG